AGUGUUUUGUUUUGGCUAACCUGUUAGUCACGUAUCCAGAUGUGGUUGGCGAAAUAGCGUUCGAAUAUAGUUUGUGAUCGUUAAAACAGUGGCAGAAAAGAAAAUGAUAGGUAAUUUUAUUUAACUAUUGGUUCGUGUGGUAUUUAGUGUCCAGUUAUCUCAGCAAACCUUCCAACUAGUGCGUUUCCAAGUGAAAAACUAACAGCUUUUGAGCAGUGAUAGCUGAGCCGAAUUGCAGGUCCUUUGACGCAACAAAGGAAAUACCAACAACCCUGUGCAUAAUCAAAAUGAAAACAGUUUGCCUACAGGUUGCAAAGUGUUUAUUCUACCUUUUGCUGCUGUUAGUUUUUAUUUUGUUCAGCUUUGCUUCCCGCGUACUGUUUGUAUAAACGGGAAUUGUCGAUUUCCGUUCCCAACCCAGCAGCAGCGUUUUCCGACAUUGGUAAACAAACCAAACAGCCUGUAACUUUGAAACACAGUAUCGUGAAUAUGUUUGAAACUCCAGCUUGUGGAUUACUUCCGGUUUCUUAUAAAACGCCAAGGCGCAUCAUCUGUGGAGGAAGCGCCAGUGGCUUAUUGCCAUUGUAAUGGCAGACGAUGACAUCAGAUCGGCCGUUCAUACGAUGUACGCUAGCCAUCACCAGUACCAACAGUAUCAGCCGCAGUAUCAAUCAACACAGCCGCAUCAAGGAUUCUACGGUGGCCAGUCGACAAUGCCCAGCAAUGCAGGACUUCCACGCUCCCAAUCGCACAUGGUUAACCUGCUGUCGGAGGAUUUCAUCGCCGGUUACAUGGACGAAGGUCGAAUGUCGGUGGUACGGCGAUUUUUCUGCUUAUUUGUCACCUUCGAUGUGGUUUUUGUCUCACUUCUCUGGAUCAUAUGUGUUAUGAUCACCGGUGACAAUAUUAUGCACGCGCUGCAGACUCAAGUGCUCCACUAUACCAUCUACACUUCGUUGUUUGACGUCGUCGUAACUGCUUUGAUACGGUUUAUAUUCUUGACUCUCUUUUACGGUCUGUGUCAUCUAAAUCACUGGAUUGUGAUUGCAUUUUCUACCACCGGUUCGUGCGCCUUUUUAAUCUACAAAGUGUUUAUUUAUAACUGGACAGCGACACCGCAACCCGUUUUUGAGGUUCUGCUGGUCGUUGUUUCUUUCGUUCUGGCAUGGGGUGAAGCAUGGUUUCUGGAUUGUCGGGUUAUUCCCCAGGAACGAUAUGCGAGAAACUAUUACGUUGCUCUCACUAAUCCUACUGCAGACGCACGUACUCCACUGCUGGAUCCAUUCCUGCACUCAGCUCUGGCCGGAAGGACCGAAAGUGUUGGAAACUUCUACUCGCCGUAUGAUUCCAUUCACAACAGUGAAGAUGAGGAGGAUGAACAGGAUGAAGAGUUCAAAAAAAUGGGCACCGAAUGUGUCCGUAAGGCAUAUGAUUUGUUGGAAUCGACGGAUUGGAAACUGGAGAAGGUAACAUCGAAGGGAGACACGAUCCAAAGCUGUACUCAGGAUAAACUUGGGAAGAUUUAUAGAUUAACGGGAAAAAUUCAUUAUCCUGCUAGAAAAUUACUCCAGGAAUUGUAUUAUAAAAUUGAAGACGUACCCAAUUGGAAUCCAACUCUACUAGAGUCAAAAAUCAUUCGAAAAAUCGACAGUCACACGGACAUUUCAUACCAGGCGACAAUCGGUGGUGGAGGUGGUCUCGUGAAAAGUCGCGACUUUGUGAAUCUACGCUGUUGGCACUUGUGUCGCGAUGGACGUGUAAUAGAGGGUGUCGAUCUUCAUCCGACAAUUCCCGAGGCGGUUACCUUGACGCCUGUGACCGAGGAGAUUGGUGAGAAUGGCGAAGACAAUGACGAAAUGGAUGGUGCUAGCGACAGCGAUGAUGAGUGUAUAAGUCGCCAAACGUCGUCGGCUCAGCUAACCAAAUCGUGUAGUGAAUUUAAAUUAGGUAGUAAUAGUGAUAGUAACAGUAGCGAGCAGAAAACAAAAACGGCUUUCUCAACGCUUAGCAAAAGCUUGGGGGCGCAGGAUUUUCAGCACACAGGAGCAGGUGCCAACUCUGAUCCGGAGGACGUGUUUUCCGAUGCGUUGACUGAGCCUAAAGAGGCUGAGAAAUCGGCUGAGAUUAAUCGGACUCGGUCCGACGAAAGUGAAGCACAUACAGGAGGUAAUGUGUUCGUUAGUGCUGCGAUAAGUAUCGAUUACCCCGGCGCACCCGUCACAAACAAGUAUACAAGAGGGGAAAAUAAAGUAUCCUGCUGGGCAAUGCGCGAGAUUGAUAAUCAAAAAGGAUACUGCAUAUUCGAAUGGUUGCUCUGUUUGGAUCUAAAAGGUCGUAUUCCACGCUAUGUACUAGACACUGCCUACACGACUCUGAUGCAAGACUAUAUGACCCAUCUCCGCAACUACGUGAUGGUGCUUCGGAAAGAAGGAAAAGUGCCUGCAACUAGCAUCACAACAGCUUUCAGCUCCACCGCGGUUAAGCCUAACUCUUCCUAAUUUAUUUAGUCAAUACUAGAUUUAUGUACCCAAUCGUGAGAUAAUUUGUAUAUUUUAUCCGUUUCUAUAAGUUAUGUCAAAAGUUUUGCGAAAGUUGCUUUUUUGAAAUACAUAUAGCAUAAAGAUUCUA